AUGUAUAAUUAUAAGAAUAAGGAUAAAGAUAAUAAUAUACUGUCAAUUCUUGGAGAAUCAAGUCAUUCCAGAAGAGUACAAUUGUACCAAAUUCGACGUAGUAUUGCUGAGGCUACAUUAAGACUAAAUAAAUUGAUGAAUAUACAUAACAAUGCAGAAAUUGUUGAAUUGUCAAAUAUGAUAAAUCAAGAAGCUAAAAAAUAUGAAGCUAAUAAAAAAGCUAAUGAUGAAUUCAAAAAAGUUGAAGAUAUUCUUGUGAGUGAAGUACAAAAGAUAGGGAAGGAAGUAGACGACUUGAAAAUUGAAUAUGAAGAACUUAAAAAGUUACAUAAUUCACAGCAGAUUGAAAGUAAAAAACUUCAAAAUAAAAUAAAGGUAUUGAAGAAGCGUUACAGUGAUAUGGAAAAGCAGAAAGAAGAUUUAAGUAGUACUAUAUUGAAGGAAGAAGAGAAGAUGAAAACUAAGGAAGCUGAAAAUGAAAGCACUAGACGUAAAAUUGAAGAUAUUGAGCUAUCCAUUAUGAUUGAAGAUAAAUGUUUGAAAGAAAAACAGGAUGAACUAGAAAAGUUACAAUUAGAUCAUAUAAGAUUAGAACAAGAGCAAAAAAGGUUACUUGGUUUAGCAUUAGAUGGUACGCAUAGACUAAAUAGUAAAACAAAAAUUAAAUCGCAAAUAGAAAGUGAUAUACAGUUCCUAUUAAGCAAAAAUAUAAAUAAAGAUAACUUUGAAGGUCAUAUAAAUAAAGUAUCAGAUAGGAAAUAUGAUGGAAGUAGUAGUGGUCAUUUAUAUAAUAAAAAACAAGCUCAAUUACCAACUUUGAAUUUCAGUACUAGGCGAGUAAAUAGUUUAAAAAAAAAAUAA